GGAGCGCCUAGCCACCCCCUGGCUGCUUCCCCACAGAACGACAGGAGGCCCCCGCAGCUCCAGUGGCCCAGCCAUGGCCCCCUGGCGCAAAACUGACAAGGAGCGACACGGUGUGGCCAUAUACAACUUCCAGGGGAAUGGAGCCCCCCAGCUCUCCCUGCAGAUUGGUGAUGUGGUGCGAAUACAGGAGACCUGUGGAGAUUGGUAUAGGGGAUACCUCCUAAAGCACAAAAUGUUACAGGGCAUUUUCCCUAAAUCCUUUAUCCACAUCAAGGAAGUGACAGUGGAGAAAAGAAGAAAUAUCGAGAACAUCAUUCCUGCAGAAAUUCCUCUGGCACAAGAAGUGACGACGACACUUUGGGAAUGGGGCAGCAUCUGGAAACAGCUCUACGUGGCCAGCAAAAAGGAACGGUUCAUGCAGGUGCAGUCCAUGAUGUAUGACCUGAUGGAGUGGCGGUCCCAGCUCCUCUCAGGAACUCUGCCCAAGGAUGAGCUGAAGGAACUGAAGCAGAAAGUCACAUCUAAAAUUGACUAUGGCAACAAAAUUCUUGAGCUUGAUCUGAUUGUCAGAGAUGACGAUGGAAAUAUCUUAGACCCUGAUAAUACCAGCGUCAUCAGCUUGUUCCAUGCACACGAGGAAGCGACUGAUAAAAUCACAGAGCGCAUCAAGGAAGAAAUGUCCAAAGACCAGCCAGAUUAUGGAAUGUAUUCCCGGAUCUCCUCAUCCCCCACCCACAGCCUCUAUGUCUUUGUGAGGAACUUUGUGUGCCGAAUUGGAGAAGAUGCUGAGCUCUUCAUGUCUCUCUAUGACCCCAACAAGCAAAUGGUCAUAAGUGAGAACUACUUGGUGCGAUGGGGUAGCAAGGGCUUCCCGAAGGAGAUCGAGAUGCUCAACAACCUGAAAGUGGUCUUCACGGAUCUUGGAAACAAAGACCUCAACAGGGAUAAAAUUUACUUGAUUUGUCAAAUAGUCCGAGUGGGGAAGAUGGAUCUCAAGGAUACGAAUACAAAGAAGUGCACGCAGGGACUGAGGCGGCCCUUUGGGGUGGCAGUUAUGGACAUAACAGACAUCAUCAAGGGGAAAGCAGAGAGUGAUGAAGAAAAGCAGCACUUCAUUCCUUUUCACCCAGUGACUGCUGAGAAUGACUUCCUUCACAGCCUGCUGGGCAAAGUUACAGCCUCCAAGGGAGACAGUGGAGGGCAAGGCCUCUGGGUGACCAUGAAGAUGCUUGUGGGUGACAUCAUUCAGAUCCGCAAGGACUACCCACAUCUGGUGGACAGGACCACUGUGGUGGCCAGGAAGCUGGGCUUCCCAGAGAUCAUCAUGCCAGGGGAUGUCAGGAACGACAUCUACAUCACUCUCUUACAAGGCGACUUUGACAAGUACAACAAGACCACCCAGAGGAAUGUGGAAGUGAUCAUGUGUGUGUGCGCGGAGGACGGCAAAACGCUGCCUAAUGCAAUUUGUGUGGGAGCUGGGGACAAGCCCAUGAAUGAAUAUCGGUCUGUUGUGUACUAUCAAGUCAAACAACCACGGUGGAUGGAAACAGUCAAGGUGGCUGUCCCUAUUGAAGACAUGCAGAGGAUCCAUCUGAGAUUCAUGUUUCGACAUCGGUCAUCCCUGGAAUCUAAAGAUAAAGGAGAAAAGAACUUUGCCAUGUCCUAUGUGAAGUUGAUGAAGGAAGAUGGGACCACUCUGCAAGAUGGAUGCCACGACUUGGUCGUCCUAAAGGGGGAGAGUAAGAAGAUGGAGGAUGCCAGUGCUUACCUGACCCUUCCUUCUUAUCGACACCAUGUGGAAAACAAGGGGGCCACCUUGAGCCGAAGCUCCAGCAGUGUUGGGGGUCUCUCCGUCAGCUCCCGAGAUGUGUUCUCCAUUUCCACUCUGGUGUGUUCCACAAAGCUCACCCAAAACGUGGGCUUGCUGGGUUUGCUGAAGUGGCGUAUGAAGCCUCUGCUGCUACAGGAGAACUUAGAGAAAUUGAAGAUCGUCGAUGGAGAGGAAGUGGUGAAGUUUCUCCAGGAUACUCUGGAUGCCCUCUUCAAUAUCAUGAUGGAGCAUUCUCAAAGUAAUGAGUAUGAUAUCCUCGUCUUUGAUGCUUUGAUCUACAUAAUAGGACUCAUUGCUGACCGAAAAUUCCAGCAUUUCAAUACCGUUCUGGAGGCUUACAUUCAACAGCAUUUCAGUGCGACCUUGGCUUACAAGAAAUUGAUGACAGUGCUGAAGACUUACUUGGAUACCUCCAGCAGAGGGGAGCAAUGUGAGCCGAUCCUAAGAACUCUGAAAGCUUUGGAAUAUGUGUUCAAGUUCAUUGUUCGGUCGAGGACAUUAUUUUCACAGCUUUAUGAAGGCAAAGAACAGAUGGAGUUUGAAGAAUCCAUGAGACGGCUCUUUGAAUCCAUCAACAACCUGAUGAAAAGUCAAUAUAAAACAACCAUCCUUUUGCAGGUUGAAUGCCGGGACAUUCUUCUUCCUGUCAUCACCAAAGAACUGAAGGAGCUGCUGGAGCAAAAGGAUGAGAUGCAACACCAGGUCCAGGAGAAGAAGUACUGUGUCGAACUACUCAACAGCAUUUUGGAGGUCCUCAGCUGUCAGGAUGCG